AUGGAAUCGCCUCGCUAAUAUAUUCGAAAUAUAAUUAGUGCGUUUACGUGCAGGUAAAAAGAGGACUGAACUCUUGCAGUAUAGGUUAGUGUCUAAAAAUUGACGAAUUCGUGGUAAACAGUGUUAUCGUCUACUCGAGGCACAUAACCUCAAAUAUUUUCUCAGUAUCUACAUACAAAUUCAUAGUGAAUACGUAUAAUAAAGCUAGUGAUAUGGAAAGCAGAGAGAACACGGUCAGGGUAAAAGAAGAGUCAAACGAUGAUCAUUUCGAUUCUAAGGACUUUUGUGAAGUCAAAAACUUUGAAACGUUGCCAUUUCAUAAAUCAUCGGCAAAUCACAUGAAUGAAUUUAUGGCGUCGCAAGGAAAUUUAGACAAAAAAAUGUUCAUCGAUUUUGAGUGCAAAAAUGUAAAACCCGAAGUGCCGUCUCUAUCAGCCACCGUUUGCAAAACUGAGAAUCAAAGUUAUCCACCAAUGGUGAAGUCAGAAAAAGUAAGUCAGACCAAUGACGUGAAUGAAAAAAUAUUGAUUGAUUUUGAGUGCAAAGAUGUUAAAUCUGAAUGGAAGUCCCUGAAGAAAAAAAACUCCAAAUCUGGGUAUCGAAUUUCUCAAACAAUUGUUAAAAUAGAAAGUGAAAGUCAAAUAGAAGACAAGCAGAAUACAAUUUCAAAAAAUUUGAUAAAAAACGAAUGUAAUUAUGAAAAUAAUCAUCGACUGUAUGACAACUUACAUCUAAAACUGAGCGCACUCGAGGAGUUACAAAUUUUUGAAAAAACUGUUGAAAAACAAUUAUCGUAUGAGUCUAAAAUGCAUCGAGAAACAUUAACAGCAGAAGCAAAUCUGAAGAAGCAAAUUAAUUCCAUGGAUAAAAAUAUUAGAUCGUAUGAAUGUGAGAUUUGUCUCAAGUCAUUUAGACACUACCAUCAAUUAAAAAGUCAUAUCACUUCAGUUCACGAUCGUAAACAAUCUUUGGAAUGUGAGAUUUGUCAUAAAUCAUUUUCAUCCAAGGGUAAUCUCACUAAACACAUCAAUGUAGUACAUUAUCGUAGCAAACCCUUCGAAUGUGAAAUUUGUCACAAAUCAUUUGGAGAAAAGGGAACUCUCAAUUAUCACAUAACAGCAGUACAUAAUCGAAGCAAACCCUUUGAAUGUGAGAUUUGUCACAAAUCAUUUGGAGUGAAAAGUACUCUCGAAACUCACAUAAUGACAGUACAUAACCGGAGUAAACCUUAUGAAUGUGAAAUUUCUCACAAAUCAUUUUUACGGAAAAGUUAUCUCACUAAGCACAUAAAUAUAGUACAUUAUCGUAGCAAGCCCUUCGAGUGUUAUAUUUGUCACAGGGCAUUUGGACACAAACAGGUCCUCAAAACUCACGUAAAUAGUGUACAUAAUCGGAGCAAACCCUUUAAAUGUGACAUUUGUCACAAAUCAUUUGUAUAUAAGGGAGACCUCAACAGACAUACAAGUUUAGUUCAUAAUCGGAGUAAACCAUUUAAAUGUGAAAUUUGUCACAAAUCAUUUGGGUAUAUGGGUGACCUCAACAAACAUAAAAGUUCAGUUCAUGAUCGGAUUAAACCCUUUGAAUGUGAGAUUUGUCACAAAUCAUUUGGAACAAAAGGUAACCUCAAAUUUCACAUAAAUAGAGUACAUGAUCGGAAUAAACCGUUUGAGUGUGACAUUUGUCACAAAUCAUUUGGAUACAAGCAUACAUUAAAAGGUCAUAUAAACGCAUUACAUAUUCGUAGCAAAUCAUAAGAUCGUGAGAUCAGU